GAAAAAUGUCAGGAAUUUACAUCGUCGGAGCUGUCUUGGGAACCUUUGGGCUUACAUAUGUUUUGGACAAGGUUGUUUCUGACAAAAAGUUAUUCGGAGGCAAUACUCCAGUGACCAUUUCGAAGGAAUGGCAAGAAGAAACUGAGAAGAAGUUACAGGCUUGGCCUCGCACUGCAGCAUCUCCUGUUGUCAUCAACCCUAUCUCUCGCCAGAAUUUCAUUGUCAAAUCCACCUCUAAAUAGGCCUCAUAAUAUGCUCAGCUCAGUUGAUUUUUUUUUUCUUUUUCUUCAUUUUUUUCUUUCUUUUCAUUCUUUGGCCUUGUAAGUCAUGCUAAUAAAUAUAUGUUACUGAUACAAAACGGUGACAGGAAAAUAUUUCCGUCGAAGGAAUUAAUUUUUUGAGACA